AUGCUUAGCCGCCUUGAUUCCAAAUCCCAAGACGUCAUCACGGACGAUCUUGAUUUUACAACCAUUCCUGGUACUCAGACUGGUAUCCAAAACUCGAGAUGGAAUGUUGUCAAUCUCAAAAAUGCGUUUCUUCCCAAUGGACCUUGGGAGUUCGUGCUAACCAACAACUCUCGUUCCUAUCUUAAUCUGAAACGCACUUGGCUCGUAUACACGUUCAAGAUUACUGACGAAAAUGGAGAGGCGAUUAAAAAAUCUGACGUCACGUAUGCACCCAUCAAUAACAUUGCUCACUCUAUUGUAAAGAAUUUUACACUACACAUCAACUCUCAACUCGUCUACCACAACGCCAGUAACUAUGCUUACAAGAGUUACUUUGAAAACUUGCUAAUGUAUAGUGAUGAGCAGAAAAAGUCUACAUUGUCGAUUGCCGGAUAUACCCCGGAGGCUACGGUUAAUAACAAAGAUAGCAACGGAUACAAGACUCGAUUCCAGUGGGCUUGUGACGGAAAAACUAUCCAGGCUGCAGCCAACAUUUCAAUCGACUUUACUAAUCAACCACGUUUGCUGCUCAACAACUGCAAUGUCAAGCUGACUGCCUAUCCAAAUUCUGAUGCCUUUUUGAUUGAAUCCCACAAUACUGCCGCAAGUACGGUCAAGUACAAGUUUGAAAUUUUGGAUGUUUACUGCUUGGUCAAUGAGUUGGAUCUCACUGAAGGUUUGGCCAACGAAAUGGAGGCUGCACUUUUGGAGCACAAAAUGCUACAGUAUCCGUUGAUUAGCUCACAAGUGCGCACUUUUUGCAUUGAACCAAAUCGAAUGGAUUCCCCAUCCAGUACACUGUUCACUAGCAAAAUGCCUCGACGCAUCUUUUUGGGACUUGUUUCUGGCAAGGCGUUCAAUGGAUGCUAUCACGAGUCUCCGUUCAAUUUCCAACAUUUCAAUGUACGGGACGUGCACAUUGACUAUUGCGGAAUCACAACUCCCGGGCGUCCAAUGAAUUUAGACUUUAACUCUGGUAAAUGUAUCGAACCCUACCUAAUUAUGCAAGAAGCCCUCGGGCACACUCGAAACAACACCACAUGUAACUCGAUUACAUUUGAUCAGUGGAAAUCCAAGGGUUAUACAAUCUUUGGUUUUGAACUCAGUCCAGUAGCUCAUGAAUCAUCUCUGUUUGAACUUGUACGUCCCACCAACACAUCUAUUCGUAUCAACUUUGACAAACCAACCCCUGAAGGAGGUCUCUAUUGUGUUGUUUAUGCUGAAUUUGAUCAAAUUUUGGCCCUGGACUAUCAACGUAAUCCCAUCAUUGAUACUGUAAUUUGA